GAGGCGAAAAUUGGGGAGAGGGAGCGGCGCGCUGAGUGGCGUUGUGGGUACUGUGAUAUGGUCUAAUCUAGAUACCGCAAAUGGAACGUUGAGGAAAAAGGAGCUGAAUCGAACCAUUUCCUCAAUAUUCCUACUUUUGCAAGGAGUUUGGUCAAAGAGGGGGUAGAGGUGGUCUUAGGAGGCGGCGCGCUCCGUUCCGAAAUCAAGGCGCUGUGAUGUCUGGGCAAACAGGUGGGGCAGUGGUGCCUCGCAACUUCCGGCUGUUGGAGGAGCUGGAGGCGGGACAGAAGGGCAGCGGCGACGGCACCAUCAGCUGGGGCCUCGAGGAUGACUCGGACAUGACGCUGUCUCGCUGGACCGGCAUGAUCAUCGGACCGCCCGGCACAAAGUUCGAAAAUCGUAUGUACAGCCUGCGACUGGAGUGCGGGCCCAACUAUCCGGACGAGUGCCCGGUGAUGCGGUUCAUCACCAGAAUCAACCUGAGCGGUGUGAAUGCCCAGACCGGCGUGAUCGAUAGCAGAAGCAUUCCAGUCUUGGCGCAUUGGAACCGGACCUACACGAUUAAGACGGUGCUCAUGGACCUGCGCCGGCGCAUGACGGCCAAGGAGAACAAGGCGCUGCCGCAGCCGCCCGAGGGCAGCAACUUCAACUGAUACUCGCCAAGCCAGGCCAGGCCGGCGCCGUCUGUCACGUCCUGAUGUAUACUAUAUGAGCGCGGCCGCCCGCGCUCAGUGAUGCCGACCGGUGCUGCGGCACCCAGGCGGGAGCGUCGCUUCGCCGCCGCCCGCUGUCAGGCCCGCGAUAACCUCGGUGGGCGGCUCGGCGGCUGGGCGCCUGCCGCCGGCCUGCGCCGCCGCCGCCGCUGCCGCCGCCGCGCAGCCGCAAACGGAAAACACCGGGCGAGGCGCUAUUGUUUUGAUGAUUUACUUGCACCGAAAUACAUGAAGCCAAUUAACA